AUGCAUCCCCUCAGUCUGCACCUGUCCCCUGAUGGUUUCCCUGUGUUUCCUUUCAAGGUGCUGGGUCGGGAGGUGUACACCUCCAACAACCAGCUGGGCGGGAUCCAGAUCAUGCACAACAACGGGGUGACCCACGGCACCGUGUGCGACGAUUUUGAAGGAGUCUACACUAUUCUGCUGUGGCUUUCCUACAUGCCCAAGAGCGUAUACAGCCCUGUUCCUAUCCUCAAGGUCAAGGAUCCUAUAGACAGAACCAUAGACUUUGUUCCUACCAAGACUCCCUAUGAUCCUCGCUGGAUGCUGGCUGGACGCCCAAAUCCAAGUCAGAAAGGACAAUGGCAGAGUGGUUUCUUCGACAGUGGCUCAUUCCUGGAGAUCAUGCAGCCCUGGGCACAGACAGUUGUGGUUGGCAGAGCAAGGCUGGGAGGAAUACCUGUAGGAGUAGUUGCCGUAGAAACCAGAACAGUGGAGCUGAGCAUCCCUGCUGAUCCCGCGAACCUGGACUCGGAGGCCAAGAUAAUCCAGCAGGCUGGUCAGGUGUGGUUCCCUGACUCUGCCUAUAAGACAGCCCAGGCCAUCAACGACUUCAACAGGGAGGGGCUGCCUCUGAUGGUCUUUGCCAACUGGAGAGGCUUCUCUGGUGGCAUGAAAGACAUGUACGACCAGGUGCUGAAGUUUGGUGCCUACAUCGUGGACGGCCUGCGGGAGUACAGGCAGCCCGUGCUCAUCUACAUCCCACCGCAGGCAGAGCUCAGGGGCGGCUCCUGGGCCGUCAUCGACCCCACCAUCAACCCCCGGCACAUGGAGAUGUAUGCGGACCGUGAGAGCAGAGGAGGAAUCCUGGAGCCAGAGGGGACGGUGGAAAUCAAGUUCCGCAGGAAGGACCUGGUGAAGACAAUGAGGAGAGUGGACCCCGUCUACAUGCGGCUGGCGGAGCGGCUGGGUACCCCCGAGCUGAGCGCUGCCGACCGAAAAGACCUGGAGAGCAAGCUGAAGGAGCGGGAGGAAUUCCUGAUUCCCAUUUACCACCAGGUGGCCAUGCAGUUUGCUGAUCUGCACGACACACCCGGCCGCAUGCAGGAGAAGGGUGCCAUCACGGAUAUUCUAGACUGGAAAACUUCUCGUACCUUCUUCUACUGGAGGCUGAGGCGUCUUCUUCUGGAAGAUGUGGUCAAAAAGAAGAUCCAUGAUGCCAACCCUGAGCUGACCGAUGGGCAGAUCCAGGCCAUGCUGCGACGCUGGUUUGUGGAAGUGGAAGGGACAGUAAAGGCAUACCUGUGGGACAGCAAUAAGGACCUGGUGGAGUGGCUGGAGAAGCAGCUGAUGGAGGAGGAAGGGGUUCGCUCGGUUGUGGAUGAGAACAUCAAGUACAUCUCCAGGGACUACAUCCUGAAGCAGAUCCGCAGCCUGGUCCAGGCCAAUCCGGAGGUUGCCAUGGAUUCGAUCGUGCACAUGACCCAGCAUAUAUCACCCACCCAGCGAGCGGAGAUCGUGCGGAUCCUCUCCACAAUGGACUCGCCUUCUUCAACGUAAGAGCAUCGAUUUCCUGUACUCCCCCCUGCUCGGUACAGUGGAGGGGAAAAAAAAAAAA